AUGGCUCCUGUAGGGAUACUCGCACGUCUGAAGAGUCUGUAUUCCAAAGGCCAGGAUGAGCCUUCACUGUCGGUACACACCGUCGUCGUCUUCUCCGUCGCCCUUACAUUACUCUAUGUCUUGCCUUUCUAUCUGUCGCACGCCACGCGGCCAUCGCCAACUCUGAGUCGAGAUGCGCCCUCUGUGAUACGCGCUCGCAUCCGCGCUGUCACGGGUUCCUGCAUCGCCAGUUCCAUCAUUGUGCUAUGGCUCAUUGUCGAGGAGGGUAAUUCUUCCCUCGGCGCGGCGUUGAGUUUACUCGGCUGGUGGCCUAUCGACUUGGCGGAUAUUCUCCGAAGCCUACUGCUAACAGCCAUCUUGUUCUUGGGUCCCCUCUUCGAAAGGGGCAUUGUCGAAGGCGAAUGGCGGACGUGGUUUCGUCGCAGUAAAUUGUCAGAGAGCCUGAGCGGCUGGAUCGGCUGGAGAAAUUAUGUCGCUGGCCCCAUCACUGAGGAGGUGAUGUUCCGGUCGGCCAUUAUCCCACUGCAUCUUCUAGCGCAUAUUUCGCCUGGGAGAGUGGUAUUCAUCGCACCCUUGUACUUUGGCAUCGCGCAUGUGCAUCAUUUCUACGAGUUUAGACUCACUCACCCCGAUACGCCGGCUGUGGCUGCUCUGCUACGAUCGCUCUUCCAAUUCGGCUACACCACCAUCUUCGGUUGGUAUGCGACAUUUAUUUACCUCCGUACUGGAUCCCUGAUCGCAGUCAUUUUGGUCCACAGUUUCUGCAACUGGUGCGGGUUACCUCGGUUCUGGGGCCGCGUUGAAGCGGGAGAGGAAUUCGGGGUACCGGUCAAUACCCGUGGCAAAGAGGAUUCGGAUGGGAAUUUUGUGGCUGAUGACGAUGAUGGUCAGUUGGGUGUUGGUUGGACGGUUGCGUACUACCUGCUUCUCGUUGUUGGGGCGGUUGCAUUUGCGAAGUGUCUGUGGCCUUUGACUGAGUCUUAUUACGGUCUGGUAUCGUUCACUGAGUCUAAAUCUGGCGCUAGAUGA